GCCCGCCCGUCGGUCUGUCCGUCCGUCCGUGCGGCCACCGUCCCGGCCCGAGCAUGGCCGGCGUCAGCUUCAGCGGCCACCGCUUGGAGCUGUUGGCGGCUUACGAGGAGGUGAUCCGGGAGGAGAGCGCGGCCGACUGGGCUCUCUACACUUACGAAGAUGGCUCAGAUGACCUCAAGCUCGCAGCCUCAGGAGAAGGGGGCUUGCAAGAACUUUCCGGCCACUUCGAGAACCAGAAAGUGAUGUACGGUUUCUGUAGCGUCAAAGACUCCAAGGCUGCCCUGCCGAAAUAUGUGCUUAUCAACUGGGUUGGUGAAGACGUGCCUGAUGCCCGGAAGUGUGCUUGUGCCAGCCAUGUGGCUAAGGUGGCUGAGUUCUUUCAGGGCGUGGACGUAAUCGUGAACGCCAGCAGCGUGGAAGACAUCGAUGCCGGUGCCAUUGGACAGCGGCUCUCCAACGGGCUGGCCCGGCUCUCCAGCCCUGUGCUACACCGCCUGCGGCUUCGGGAGGAUGAGAAUGCUGAGCCUGUGGGCACCACCUACCAGAAGACUGAUGCCGCCGUGGAAAUGAAGCGGAUUAACCGGGAGCAGUUCUGGGAGCAAGCCAAGAAGGAGGAAGAGCUGAGGAAGGAGGAGGAGCGGAAGAAGGCCCUGGAUGCCAGGCUCAGGUUCGAGCAGGAACGCAUGGAGCAGGAGCGGCAGGAGCAGGAAGAGCGAGAGCGGCGCUACCGUGAGAGAGAGCAGCAGAUCGAGGAGCAUAGGAGGAAGCAGCAGACCCUAGAAGCUGAAGAGGCCAAGAGGCGGUUGAAGGAGCAGUCGAUCUUUGGUGACCAGCGGGAUGAGGAGGAGGAAGAGACCCAGAUGAAAAAGUCUGAAUCGGAGGUGGAGGAGGCGGCCGCCAUCAUUGCCCAGCGUCCUGACAACCCACGGGAGUUCUUUAAACAGCAAGAACGAGUUGCCUCGGCCUCAGGCAGCAGCUGUGAUGCACCCACACCCUUCAACCACCGACCAGGUCGUCCGUACUGCCCUUUCAUAAAGGCAUCGGACAGUGGGCCUUCCUCCUCCUCCUCUUCCUCCUCUUCCCCUCCACGGACUCCCUUUCCCUAUAUCACCUGUCACCGCACCCCAAACCUCUCUUCCUCCCUCCCAUGCAGUCACCUGGACAGCCACCGCAGGAUGGCGCCCACCCCCAUCCCCACCCGGAGCCCCUCUGACUCCAGUACGGCCUCCACCCCUGUCACUGAGCAGAUCGAACGGGCCCUGGACGAGGUCACAUCUUCUCAGCCUCCACCACUGCCUCCACCGCCCCCACCAGCUCAGGUGACAGAUACCCAGGAGCCCAGCCCUAGCCUGGACCAUGAAGAGACCAGCAAGGAGGCCAGAGCAGCAGCAGCAGCAGCUGCCACAGCCCCACAGGCCUGGGCUGGCCCUGUGGAGGAGCCCCCUCAGGCACAGGAGCCUCCCCCAGGGCAAGGAAGCCCCUUGGAGGACUUGAUGUUCUCUGAGUCUCCAGAGCCCGCUGUCCUGGCUGCCCCCGAGGAGCCUGUUCCUGCCGACACCACUGCGGCUGACACCUAUACAGCUGACACCAUUGAAACCGACACUGCCACCACUGUUGCCAACAACAUCACCCCCGUCACCACCAGUCUCAUUGACCUAUGGCCUGGCAAUGGGGAGGAGGCUUCAGCACCCCAAGCUGAGCCUAGGGCCCCCACACCGCCCUCGGGUGCUAAGGUCACCCUGGCUGAGGUGCCUCUGCUGGACGAGGUGGCUCAGGAGCCACUGCCACCAGCCAAUGAAGGCUGUGCCAACCUUCUCAAUUUUGAUGAGCUGCCUGAGCCGCCAGCCACCUUCUGUGACCCAGAGGAAGAAGUAGAAGGGGAGCCCCUGGCUGCUCCCCAGACCCCAGCUCUGCCCUCAUCUCUAGAGGAGGUGGUGGAUCAGGAGGCUGAGCAGGAGGAACAGGAGCUGGAGACGGAACCUCACCUGCUGACCAAUGGCGAGACCACCCAGAAGGAGGGGACACAGGCCAGUGAAGGGUACUUCAGUCAGUCACAGGAGGAGGAAUUUGCCCAAUCAGAAGAGCUGUGUGCGAAGGCACCGCCCCCUGUGUUUUACAACAAGCCUCCAGAAAUCGACAUCACCUGCUGGGAUGCAGACCCAGUACAGGAAGAGGAGGAAGGCUUCGAGGGUGGCGAUUAGUGGUGGCGCCUGCCCUCUGGCUGCCCUUGCCAAGGCCGCCCACCUGCGCCGGCCUCCGGCCAGACGGCCCCCGGCCAGACGGCCCGCAGCGCCUGCGUUCGCAGCAGCUCCGCCUGGCACCCACUCUGAAUUCCGGCCCCGGCCGGGGGACUUGUCCGCUUCCCUACCCACAGGGCCUGACUUUUACAGCUUUUCUCUCUCUUUUUUUUAAAGUUGAUAGACUUGUACAGUUGAUUGGUUUUUCUCCCGUUGGUAGUUGAGACGCUGUUGCCAAUUCCACCCCCUUCCCGCCCGGUCCAGAUUGUAGCUUAGUCCUCCCUCCCGCUCAGCUGGCGGGGGGGUGGGGGCCUCACCCUGUUUGGGGCCUGGUAUGGGGGGGUGGAGAGCUCUGGUGGGAAAAUGUCCCCCCACCUCUUUUCUUAGUUUUAUGUUUCUUGGAAAAAUAUCACUUUGUAUUCUCUGUCCAGGGCUUCAGAAAUUUUGCACGAAUUUUAAAACAUGGCAAUAAAUGGCUCGUGGCUCUGGCUUCCCUGG